AUGUCUUCCCUUCAUCGAUCAUCAGUUAAACGUCAUGAUCUACGAUUAUUGACACAACUAUCUACAUCUUCGUCGGCUUCCAAUCCUUCAACUCCAAAUCCACAAACAGCUGAUCCAUCAGGCCCUCUUACGCCCGAUUCUGUUGUAUUUGUUAAUCCGUUUACGGCAAUUUCUACAGCAAACAACAAUGAUCAAACAACAUUAAAUAAUCAGCCAUUAUUACCUUCUAUUCGUAUAAUUGGUGACUAUGAAUUAACCGAAGUAAAAUUCGAUGAUUUCAAAUGUGCUCGUCAUAUUCCGAGUGGUGACAAUCUUCUGUAUAAAGAAUUUCCUAUUGAAAUACUUCGACAACGUUUAGAACCGUAUCGACGUCUAACAUCAAUUUUGCUUGCGUCAAACACAAACAAACAAUUAAUAAAAUCCAUAUCAAUACAACAAUUAGCUGCUAAACAUAAUUUGCAUUUUUUUCGAGAUGUCCUAUCGCUUGAUAGAACAGCUGUUGUUCUAUAUCCAAAUUAUUCAAGCAAUUUACAUACAUAUAUUACCGAGAAACAUCGUUUAAAUGAGCAUGAAUCUAGGAAUUUAUUUACGCAAAUUGUACGUGCCGUACAAAUGUGUCAUCGUGCUGGAUUGAUUAUACGAGAUUUAAAAUUACGAAAAAUCAUAUUUAACAAUAAUGUACAUUCACAUUUACUUCUAACGGGACUCGAUGAAGCAAUUAUGUUAACUAGCCCAACGUCAACUAAUGAUCUUGUUUCUUCACGAUUUUCAUGUCCGGUGUAUGCAUGUCCUGAGAUAGUUCUCAAUAGGCAGAUGUAUUCCGGGAAAUUCGCUGAUUCAUGGAGUCUAGGUAUAAUAUUGUAUACGAUGCUUUUUGGUCGUUAUCCAUUUUGUGAUCGAACUCUUGUCGGUUUAUUUAUUAAAAUUGGUCGAUGUCGUCCAGACAUACCUCGAGCUAUAUCAAUAAAAGCACGUUCAUUACUCCGUUCUUUGAUUCGAGUAAAACCCGACGAACGUCUUCUACCGCAAGACAUUCUUGGACAUGUUUGGUUCAAUGGUGAUCGCGAUACAUCAACAAUAUCAAUCAAUACUACAUCAUCAAUGAACGAUGAGUCAUUAUUAUACAAUAGCAGCAAUAAUUAUACCAAUAACAGUAAUGAAAUGACAACCAACGAAGAUGCUGUCGUACCAAAUUUUGAAUGUGAAUAG